AUGUUUACUGACAUGGUGUCCAAGUUGACGUCGCUUCAGCAGGAACUCCUGAGCGCCUUGCUGGACUCGGGGGUCACCAAGGAUGUGCUGGUUCAGGCGCUGGAGGAUUUAUGUCCGUGCCCAGCUGAAUUCGGAAUUAAAAUAGAAAAGCCCAUAUCCCCGUCAAGUGCCAACGGCGGCAGCGACUCCAGUGAUUCAAAGCCGGUGUUUUUGACUCUGAGCAGCGCGCAAGGUAAAGGCAGCAAACUGUCCGGCGAUGAAGGCUCUGAUGACGGGGAUGAUUACGACACGCCACCGAUCCUGCGCGAGCUGCAGUCUUUGAACACAGAGGAAGCGGCGGAGCAGCGCGCGGAGGUCGAGCGCAUGCUAUCAGGGGACCCGUGGCGUGUGGCGCGCACUGUUAAAGGCUACAUGCAGCAGCACAAUAUUCCUCAGCGCGAGGUGGUGGACGUCACGGGUUUGAAUCAGUCUCACCUGUCGCAGCAUCUCAAUAAAGGCACACCGAUGAAGACCACCAAACGAGCCGCGCUUUACACCUGGUACAUCCAGAAACAGCGCGAUAUCGACCGGCAGUUCGACCGUGUUCAGGGCCUUGACCCCAUUGACUCAGUCAGUCAGGAUCAGGUCCUGUUUUUUUUCCCAGAAUUCAAUCAUGCCGGACAGAAUCCGGGGACUGCGGGAGGUUCCGGAGGGCCGCUCGUAGAGGAGGGCGAGCCAGGAUCCAAGAGAAUGAGACGAAACCGUUUCAAAUGGGGUCCGGCGUCUCAGGAGAUCCUCUACCAGGCUUAUGAACGACAGAAGAACCCCAGCAAAGAAGAGAGGGAGGCGCUGGUGGAGGAAUGCAACAGGGCCGAGUGUAUGCAGAGGGGUGUGUCACCCUCUAAAGCUCAUGGACUGGGGUCUAAUCUGGUCACGGAGGUUCGCGUGUACAACUGGUUUGCUAACCGGCGUAAGGAGGAAGCUUUCAGACAGAAGCUGGCGAUGGACACGUACCCCCCCCACAGCAUGAACCCCCUUCUGUCUCACGCAUCAUCACACAUGCAUCACCAUCACAGUAACUCAGAAACAAAACUCCGGUACAGUCAACAAGGAACCAGUGAGGUCACUUCCUCUACAGCCAUCAGUCACCAUGGAAGCAGCCAAUCAGUAUUGCAACAGGUGUCUCCAGGUGGUCUGGAUCCCUGCCACAGUUUGUUAUCGACGGAUGCCAAAAUGAUCACGGUGUCAGGUGGAGUUUUGCCUCCUGUGAGCACUCUGACCAACAUUCACAGUCUUUCUCACUCAUCUCAUCAUCACCAGCAAGCACAGAGUCUCAUUAUGAGCUUGGCUGCUCAAAGUCUGACAUCUCCUCAGUCUCAGAGCGUGCCCGUCAUCAACAGCGUGUCUGGACUCACCACCCUGCAACCUAUGCAGUUUUCCCCGAGCUCCAGCCUCACACAGCUGACCACAGCACACAUCUCCCAGCAUCCCUUCUCACAGUCACACAUGUACUCUCCUAAACAGGAAGUUGCUCAGUUUUCUCAUGCUUCUCGAUACGCGACUAUGGACACCAGCGCCAUCACACACCUGGGCUCCAGCAAACAGUGUCCUCUGCAGGCCUGGUGAAUGAACACGCUGAUGUGAGAACUUCCUCGGCAGCUUAGCAACAGGAGGGCCUGACAUCUGCUAUUCUCAGUUACUCUGGUAACCUCUCAGCUUGGAGAACCAAUAGGUGCAGCACUGCCUCUGAAUUGAAGAACCGUGAUUUAUACAUGACGCCUCUAAGCCAUAGCGGAUAAAAGAACAAACUGCUGGAACUUGCCAUGAUGAUGAAAU